AUGUAUUCUUAUUUGAUCCCUUUGUAUCUCUUUUUGUUUGUCCACUAUGGGUGGUCUGAAGACACAACGCACAAGUACACGACAAAAUACGAUAACAUUGAUUUGGAAAACGUUGUCAAAAAUGAAAGGUUGUUAAAAAGCUAUGUUGACUGUUUAUUGGAAAAAGGACGAUGUUCUCCGGACGGCCUCGAAUUAAAAAAAAACAUGCCAGACGCCAUCGAAACUGACUGCAGCAAAUGCAGCGAAAAACAAAAGGAAGGAUCGGACUUUAUUAUGCGAUACCUCAUUGAUAACAAACCGGACUACUGGAAGGCCUUAGAAGCAAAAUAUGAUCCUGACGGAACUUACAAGAAGAGAUAUUUUGAAUCACAAAAAGACGAAGUGUCUAAAGUUGAAGCCUAA